UCAGGCUCAGUCCCUCGGUUCCGGUGCGGUCCCGCAUGGAGCCGCUCCCGGUCCCGUUCCCGGUGCGCUCCCCCGUGACCACCCUGGCGCUGGACAUGGAUAACCUGGGGGGCCUGGGCAGCCAUUGGGACACCCCGAAGAGGGGCAGCCCUCGAGGCUCCGUCUCCUCCGAGGCAUCGGAUGCGGGGUUGGGGCCGGACUCCCCCCCCGAGCAGGACCCGGCGGUGCUGGAGGAGCUCUUCGAGAAGGCGAUGAUGGAGGCAGGGAGCGUGCUCAGAGGCUCCAAGCUCCCCAUCCGCAGGAUCCGAUCGCUGCCGCCGCUUGGGGCCAGCCCAGUCCUCAGGAACAUCUCCCAUAGUCGGGAAUUCAAUGGGAGCAGCACCCACACGGAGCCCGAGGCCACGGAGGGGUUUGUGUUCAAGAAGCCCCAGAGGCGGUGGGGGCGCAGCCGGGCCCCCCCCAGUGAUGGGGACAUGGGGAGGGAGCCCCACACACAGAGACGUGGAUCCGCACCUGACCUCAUGUGUGACCCCCCUGAGAAGGAGAACGUCCCCCAUGGGGACAGCCCCAUUGUGCUGCGGCGCUGCUCCCUCACCUGCUCCAUGGCUGAGGAUGAGGAUGAUGAUGGCUUCAUGGAGAUCCUGGAUGAGGAGGAGAUGAAGAGCGGAGCUGUGGGGCCGAUGGGGAUGGAGACGCUGCUGACGGCACCGCUGGUCCGGAGCCGGGAGCCGGAGAUGGAGCCGGCCCCCUCCCGCCGCCCCAAGUGCCGUCAGCUCUUCCGCUCACCCUCCCUGCCCAGCACUGUCCUCAGACCCCUCCUGAAGCGCCAGGACCGGGACCAGGACCGGGAGAGCCCCCUGGGACCCAAGCGGCGCCGGAGCCUGGCCGGGACUGUGGGCACAGAGCCGGAGCUGGCUGCACCGCUCCUGCGCCCCCUCUGCCCCCCGGACAUCGGGGCCCUGCUGAGCAGUGACCACCGGGAGCUCAUCGGGGACUUCUCCAAGUCCUACCUGCUGCAGACAGUGGAGGGGAAGCACCAGGACCUCAAGUACAUCUCCCCUGCCAUGAUGGUGGCAGUGCUGACAGGGCAGUUCAGUGCCCUCAUCGAGAGCUGUGUCAUCGUGGACUGCCGGUACCCCUAUGAGUACGAGGGGGGGCACAUCAAGGGAGCCGUGAACCUGCCCCUGGAGCGGGAUGCGGAGGAGUUCCUGCUCCGGAAUCCCAUAGUGUCAUGUGACACCUCCAAGAGGAUCAUCCUCAUCUUCCACUGCGAGUUCUCCUCCGAGCGCGGGCCCAGGAUGUGCCGGUUCAUACGGGAGCAGGAUCGGUCCCGCAAUGAGUACCCAGCUCUGCACUACCCGGAGCUCUACGUGCUCAAGGGCGGGUACCGGGACUUCUUCCCGCAGUACCAGGCGCACUGCGAGCCGCAGUCCUACCGGCCCAUGCAGCACGAGGACUUCCGGGAGGACCUGCGCCGCUUCCGCCUCAAGAGCCGCACGUGGGGGGGGGAGCGGGGGCGCCGGGAGCCCCGCCCCCGGCUGCAGGACUGCUGAGGGGGGGGGGACAUCCGGGUCCUA